ACCUUCAGUAUGAAAAGAAAAUUCAGCGUUUGUUGACUUGAAGUUGAAACGAAAGUUCCUCACACCUUUAACUUAAUCACGUCCGCAUGGAAGGUGGUAGGAAACUGCUUCGUCAAGCCCUCAUAAAUCUAUCCAGAGCGCCGCUGCCAUACCCAAUUCUUUGAGCUUCUCUUUACUUUUGUCUGCCUCCUAUCUAUGACCACUCAACCAGUCUCUUCUUCUCCUUCUUCUUCUUCUUCUUUCACUCAUGGAGAGCACGUGAGUUUGUUUAAGCCUUAAGCUAUUUGUCAUGCAUAUAAGCUUUGUUCUUACUGUAUCGUUUUAUUAAGAAAGAAAAUCAAUACAAAAUCAGAUAAGAUUCUCUCUGCUUCUUCAAUUCUUCAAUGUUCUCCUUAAAAUCCUUAUUCAGGCUUAUGGGGAGUUCCCCAUUGCCAAUUGAUUCUGGGGUGGAACCUCAACUUCCUUCAGAUCUGCCCCCUACGACCACUCAACCAGUCUCUUCUUCUCCUUCUUCUUCUUCUUUCGCUCCUGAUUCAUCAUGGACAUAUGAUGUGUUUUUGAGUUUUAGAGGUGAGGAUACACGCACCAAUUUUACAGAUCAUUUGUACAAGGCGUUGUGUGAUAAGGGCAUCUACACCUUCAUUGAUCGAGAGCUUGUAAGAGGAGAAGAAAUACCGCCAGCCCUUGUCAAAGCAAUUGAAGAAUCAAGAAUUUCUGUCAUUGUAUUCUCUGAAAACUAUGCAUCUUCGAGGUGGUGCUUGGAUGAACUUGUCAAGAUCCUUCAAUGUAAACAAUCAAAGCAACAAGUAGUCUUGCCCAUUUUUUACAAGGUGGAUCCAUCUCAUGUGCGAAACCAAGAAAGUAAAUUUGGUGACGCAUUUGAAGAACUUAUUAAAAGGAAAUUCAAGAAUGACAAGGAGAAAGUGCUCAUAUGGAGGGAAGCUCUUAGACAAGCAGCAAAUUUGUCCGGACAUACUUUCAAGGAUGAAAAGUAUGAAGCUACAUUUAUCAACGACAUCGUUAAGGGAAUCGUUAAGGGAAUCUUAAGCGUCCAAUCUUGGCAUGUGGCUGCACACCCAGUUGGAAUUGAAUCUCGUGUAGAAGAUGUGGAAAGGCUUUUAGAUGUUGGUGGGAAUGGUCGUCGCAUGGUUGGGAUAUGGGGGACAUCUGGAAUAGGCAAGACAACAAUUGCAAAAGCUAUAUGGAAUGCAAUUGCCUAUGAGUUUGAAGGAAGAUGUUUCUUGGAAAAUGUUAGAGAAGGAAGCUUAAUCCAGCUACAGCAGACUCUUCUUGAUAAGAUUCUAGGCAAAAAUUGGAAAAUUCAGAGUGUUGAUGAAGGAAUCGGUGUUAUAAAAAAACGGCUGAGGCAUAAAAAGAUUCUAUUAAUUCUUGACGAUGUGGACCACUUGGAGCAGUUAGAAAAAUUGGCUGGAGAUGAUUGGUUUGGUGAGGGUAGUAGAGUAAUCAUUACUACAAAAAAUAGGAGAUUGCUAGACAACCGUAAAAUUGAGUUUUACGAGGUGAAGAAGUUAGAAUAUUACAACCAAGCUCUUGAGCUUUUCAGUUGGCAUGCAUUCCGAAGAAGUGAACCUCCAGAAGAUUAUUUGGAACUCGCACAACGUGCAAUAGCAAUUGCUGAUGGCCUUCCACUAGCUCUAACAAUUUUAGGUGCUCAUCUUCGGGGUAUAGAUAUACCAAGUUGGCAAGUUAUAUUAGAUGAUUACGAAGGAGAACCUUAUACGCAUAUUGAAAGAAUACUUCAAAAAAGUUAUGACGCCUUGGAUCAUCGGGCAAAAGGAUAUUUUCUCGACAUUGCAUGUUUCUUCAAGGGUAGACUUAAGGACUAUGUGCUACAAAUAGUACCCCCAAAAGUCAUUGAAGAAUUCGUUGAUAAGGCAUUGAUAACUAUUGAAGGGGGUGACAUUUUAAUGCACGACUUGCUAGCAAACCUGGGCAAGGAAAUAGUUCACAAAGAAUCCCCCGAUGAUCCUGGCCAGCGUAGUAGAUUGUGGUUUUACGAGGAUGUCAUACAAGUUCUAACGGAUUGUACAGGAACAAGAAAUAUUAAAGGCAUCAUGGUGAAGCUUCCAGAACCAGCUGAGAUAACUUUGAAUCCAGAAUGCUUCCGUAAGAUGGUGAAUCUUCAAAUUUUCAUAAGCCAUAAUGCAUCUCUGUGUGGGCACAUUAACUAUCUGCCCAACGCGUUAAGAAUUAUUGAUUGUCCUAGUUGUCAGUUACAAUCCUUGCCACCCAAUUUUCAAGGAAAUCGUCUUGUUGAGUUCAAAAUGCCUGGCAGUCAUAUCAGACAAUUGGAGCGAUUUAAGUAUUCGCCAAACCUGACUUGUAUGAAUUUGCGUGGUUGUCAAUUCUUAGAAAAAAUCCCAGACUUAUCCGGAAUCCCAAACAUAAAGUACUUGUUUCUAAGUGACUGUACAAGUUUGGUUGAGCUUGAUGAUUCUGUUGGAUUCCUUGAUAAACUUGUUGUUUUGGAUCUUGCGGGAUGCGUUAAGCUUAUGAGGUUCGCAACAACACUUAGAUUGCCAAACCUGAUAGAUAUGAAUUUGCGUGGUUGUCAAUUCUUAGAAAAAAUCCCAGACUUAUCCGGAAUCCCAAACAUAGAGUACUUGUUUAUAAGUGACUGUACAAGUUUGGUUGAGCUUGAUGAUUCUGUUGGAUUCCUUGAUAAACUUGUUGUUUUGGAUCUUGAGGGAUGCGUUAAGCUUAUGAGGUUCGCAACAACACUUAGAUUGCCAAACCUGAUAGAUAUGAAUUUGCGUGGUUGUCAAUUCUUAGAAAAAAUCCCAGACUUAUCCGGAAUCCCGAACAUAGAGUACUUGUUUAUAAGUGACUGUACAAGUUUGGUUGAGCUUGAUGAUUCUGUUGGAUUCCUUGAUAAACUUGUUGAUUUGGAUCUUGAGGGAUGCGUUAAUCUUACGAAGUUUGGAAGAAGAUUUAGAUUGAAAUCCUUAGAAACACUGGACCUAAAGGGUUGUGCAAGUCUUGAGAGUUUCCCAGAAAUAGAAGUGAAGAUGGAAUCACUAAGAAGAUUGACAACCAAGUUACGAUCUCUUAAUCUAUCUGGAGCCAACUUUGUCACGCUUCCAGAAUGCAUUAGCAAAUUUGUGAGCUUGAAGUAUCUUACCUUGCGUGAUUGCAAGAGUCUUCGAGAAAUUCCACAAGAAGUACUUCCACCAAGAGUAUGUUGGGUAUCCCUGGAUAACUGCACAUCAUUGGAAAAAUUUCCAAAACUGCCACUAUCAUCGGAGGUUAAGUAUGUGAGUUUGAUGAAUUGCGUUAGCCUACGUGGCUAUGACAUCGCAGAAAAUAGUAUUCUGGAUCAGGUAUCUUCUCUUCCGCAUCCUCAAUUUGAAAUUUAUCUUCCAGGCGAUGAAGUACCAAAGUGGUUCAGCUGUUGUAAAGAUGCAACACUAGUUAAAGACGAAUACUCUGCUCGAUGUGAAGUUUGUUUUGAAAUUCCUCCAAAUUUAGAUUGGGAGACGUUAAGAUUGGCUAUAUGUGUUGUUAAUAAGGGAAACGUAUGUGGGAAUGAAUGCACCGCAGUGACAAGUGUUCAUAUCAAUGGAGAACGGGUCGGCGGAUAUGUAUGGGGAUAGAGGACAGUAAUGUGGGUCUUAGCUGUAUUCCAUUAUGGAAUCUGAGGAACAACAGAGCAAUACGUUGGGAGAAACUGACGCAAUUGCAAUACGUUAAGUGUCAAAUUAUAUUUGAGUUCAGAUUCGCGGCCACACCCGUUAAAAUCCUCUGCGGGGUCCACCUAUUAGGCCACCAGUUGCUGAUGUCAGCAUCAGAGACUGGUCUUGGCAAGAGGCCUAGGUUAUCAGACGUCGGUGAUCAUGAAGCUCAAAGAGGAGAGGCUGAUCACCCAAAGAGGAGGCACACUGAUCUUAACGAGGAGCCAAAGCAAUGAAGUUCCAAAGUGGUUUAUGUAAGCUCCAGGUUCAGCUGUUGAAACGAACCAAAUUUCCAGGCAAUGGUCUGGUAAUCAAGAGGUGUGUUGAGGCACCAGCAGUUUCUGAGAUUCCAUUUUAAGUUGCAUAAGACAAUACGUUUCUUCUCAAUUGAUGCAUCCAGCAUUUAUCCACAGAUGAACAAAACAGCAAGCCGGAUUUAUCUAAUGCUUUCAUUCCACACAUAUACUUUGUCUAUGAUUCUUCUGUCUCAUUCAUUGGAAUUGAUGUACGUUGGGGAUGAAAUGUAACAGAUUUAUCUAUUUCAUAAUUUCCAAUCAAGGUUUGUUGAAAAUCAUACAUUAAUUGUAAACAGGCGUCCAAAUAUGCCCAAAAUACUUCUUUGAAAGAUUGUGUCUCAUUACACUAGUAAUGUUGCUGGUAUUGGCAAGGUACAA